AUGGGCGCGCUCCGGGCCGGUGCCCUCGCCUUCCUCCUCCUCCUCCUCCUCGGCUGCCUCCUGCCCCGGCGCGGCCCGCUCAGGCUGGUCUCAGGGCGGGAGGAGAUUAAAGCUGGCUCCCGAAGCUCACCCCAGCCCAUGUCACCCUCUGAUUUCCUGGACAAGCUCAUGGGACGAACCUCAGGGUACGACGCCCGCAUUCGACCCAACUUCAAAGGUCCGCCUGUCAACGUGACGUGCAACAUCUUCAUCAACAGCUUUGGCUCCGUUACAGAGACCACCAUGGACUACCGGGUGAACGUGUUCCUGCGGCAGCAGUGGAACGACCCCCGCCUGGCUUACCGCGAGUACCCCGACGACUCCCUCGACCUCGACCCCUCCAUGCUCGACUCCAUCUGGAAGCCAGACUUGUUCUUUGCCAAUGAGAAAGGGGCCAAUUUCCAUGAGGUCACCACCGACAACAAGCUCCUGCGCAUCUUCAAGAAUGGCAACGUGCUCUACAGCAUUAGGCUGACACUGAUCCUCUCCUGCCCUAUGGACCUCAAGAACUUCCCCAUGGACAUCCAGACAUGCACCAUGCAGCUGGAGAGUUUUGGCUACACUAUGAACGACCUCAUCUUCGAGUGGCUGGAGGAGCAGGAGGCCGUGCAGGUGGCAGAGGGCUUGACACUCCCACAGUUCAUCCUCAGGGAGGAGAAGGACCUGGGCUAUUGCACCAAGUACUACAACACAGGCAAGUUCACCUGCAUCGAGGUGAAGUUCCACCUGGAGAGGCAGAUGGGUUACUACCUGAUCCAGAUGUACAUCCCCAGCCUACUCAUCGUCAUCCUUUCCUGGGUCUCCUUCUGGAUCAACAUGGAUGCGGCACCAGCCCGGGUGGGCUUGGGCAUCACCACGGUGCUCACCAUGACCACGCAGAGCGCCGGCUCCCGCGCCUCCCUGCCCAAGGUGUCCUAUGUGAAGGCCAUUGACAUCUGGAUGGCUGUGUGCCUGCUCUUCGUCUUCGCUGCCUUGCUGGAGUACGCGGCCGUCAACUUCGUGUCCCGCCAGCACAAGGAGUUCAUGCGCCUGCGCCGCCGCCAGCGACGGCAGAGGAUGGAGGAAGAGCUGAGCCGUGAGAGCCGCUUCUACCUGCGAGGCUACGGGCUGGGCCCCUGCCUGCAGCCCAAGGAGGGGGCUGGGGAGGGCCCUGGCAUGUGCAGCCCCCCGGGAGCCCCCGCCGUGCUGCGGGAGGGGGACAGCCUCCGCAGGCGCUACCUCGACCGCGCCAAGCGCAUCGACACCGUCUCCAGAGCCGUCUUCCCCUUCACCUUCCUGCUCUUCAAUAUCUUCUACUGGGUGGUUUACAAAGUGCUGCGCUCAGAGGACAUCCACAUGGUGCCCUGAGGCUGGAAAAGUAGGACUGACUGCCUCUUGGUGUCACCCCUACAGUGUGCUCAGGUGCCACAGGCUCA